AUGGUGGUAGGUGAAGAAGCUGAAGAACAAGUAGUGGUUAACAACCAGUUUAAUCCAACAAAAACUAAUAGAGGUCGUAGAGAAAGCCAAUGUGAUGGAAACCGUUCAAAGGCAAGAGGAAAUGAAGUGCCAGUGCGUUAUGAAAGAAAUGUUUCGGUUACUAAUACAUUUGUAUAUGAUAAUGAUACUUUUGUAUCAAAUAAUGAUAAAGAAGCAAAAGUGGGCAUGAUUGAAUUACAGCGUCAAAAUUUGUUCGAGUUUGGAGAAGUUCCUGAAAUUGAUGAUCGAAUAUGUGAGGAAAAAUCAAAUGAAGGGUGGUCGGAUGAUGAGCACACGCAAUGGAAAAUUGCUUUUAAUCCAUGGUAUUGUAUUCAUUCUACUCCUAAUUGUCCAUAA